CGCUACAAGCUGUUUUCUUAUAUUCGCGGCGCUUUCUGGCGCGAAGCGUUCCUUUAAUGUCGGAUUGGCGUAGCACACCAUGCGUGGAAAGACACAAACAAUUUCUGGAGAAGCUUGCCGCGGCCUUGAUCGAUUACACCUUCCAAAGUGUGUCUCGUGAGAACCCCGUAUUGAGAUGGAGGGAACCAGGUCAUUUGCGGAACAUCAUAAAUUUCGAUUUGGAAGACGAGCCACGAAGUCAGGAUAAUCUGUUGGAAGUCGCGAUUAAAAUUGUCAAAUACAGCGUUAAAACGGGUCAUCCUUACUUCAUGAAUCAGUUGUUCUCUGGGUUGGAUCCCUACGGUUUAGCUGGACAAUGGCUCACCGACGCAUUAAACUCUUCGGUGUAUACAUACGAAGUGGCGCCGGUCUUAACACUGAUGGAAAAAAGCUUGAUCACAAAAUUACUAAGUAUGUUUUAUAAAGAAGAAACUGGUAUUACGACCGGAGAUGGCCUCUUUUGUCCAGGUGGUUCCUUUUCCAAUGGCAUUGCCAUUAAUUUGGCCCGGUUUUGGUUCAAGAAGAAAAGUCAAAGUAAUAAAAGCGUACCAUCUUCGAAUUUAGUAGUUUUCGCAUCAGAAGAUGCGCAUUAUUCAGUUUCAAAAUGGGGGAACGUUUGCGAUGUGGAAGUUAUUCUCAUAAAGAGCGACGAGCAAGGUAGAAUGGAUGUUAACGAUUUGAGAGCUAACGUAAUUGAAGAACAAAAGAAAGGGAAUUACCCGAUUUCUGUCAGUGCUACUGCAGGAACGACUGUGUUGGGUGCCUUUGAUCCGCUAAUCGAAAUUGCCGACAUUUGUCAAGAAUUCGAUAUGUGGCUACAUGUAGAUGCAGCCUGGGGAGGUGGUUUGAUAUUCAGCAAAAGGCACAAUUCCCUUUUGCGGGGAAUCCAAAGAGCAGAUUCCAUUCUGUUUAAUCCCCACAAAUUACUAGCUGUCCCUCAGCAAUGUUCAUUGCUUCUAACUAAACAUCAGAAUAUUUUUAAAGAAGCACACUCUAAGCAGGCUUCCUACCUCUUUCAAAAAGACAAAUUCUACUCCACAGAUUUAGAUGUUGGGGAUAAGUACUUGCAGUGUGGUCGCAGACCAGAUGUGUUGAAGUUUUGGUUUAUGUGGAAGGCUAAGGGUGCUUCAGGUUUUGAAAAACACGUCGAUCAUUUAAUGACUCUUUCGGCUCUGUUCAAGGAAGAAGUUGAAAAUAGAGAUGGCUUUGAAUUAGUGAUAGAUCCGUGUUUUAUAAAUGUGUGCUUUUGGUUCAUACCGCCAUCUUUGAGAAAUCAACAUUCAACGUAUAAUUACAAGGAAAGAUUAAACGACGUCGCGCCGAAGUUGAAAGAGAAGAUGACCAAAAGAGGCAGUUUAAUGAUCAAUUAUCAACCACUUCGUGAAAGGCCAAACUUUUUCCGUUUCGUGAUACAAAAUUCAGGAGUAGAUACCCAGGACAUUUAUUACGUUUUUGACGAGUUGGAAAACCUCGGAGAGUCCAUUUGAAUUUAUACAUGGCGCACGAAUGUUAUUACAUACACACAGUUCUGUGUUAAAAAUAAGCCAAUUAUAUGUUAUGUAUGUGUAUAAAUCACGUUACAGUAAAAA